GUUAGGGACCAGCCGGUGGUAGCCUCUAGCGGCCCACAGACCAGAAUUCCCCAGGGCGCGGAAUCUAAGUUCCGACUUGCUUGUUCACCAGAGCCCCUGAUGGUGGGGAUGGACUUGGAGCAAACCGAGACCAGGUUGCGACCCCCUGGUGCAACCAGCUGUGGAAGAGGCACCUGUUGGUGGUACAGCAGCAGGUGAAAGUCUGAUGUGAGGAGGUAGAGUAAGCAAGGUCAGACAGGCUGGGUCGGAGAUCAAAAGUGCAGGAGCAGGCAGGAGAAUGGUCAGGCAAGCCAGGGGUCAGAGCAGGAGAAGUCAGCAGAUCAGGAUCAGGCAGGGUCAGCAGCAAAGUAAACUCACAGGAACACAG